CGCCGGCAGAAUACGCCAAGGGCUCGCCGCCAUUCUGACGACGCCGUCACGUGCCGGUCGACCUCGCCCUCGCCAUUAUCCUCAUGGAAUUUGCCGAAAGAAGAGAACAACUCCCGGUCGAUACAUUGUACCAUGUGGGCGAAUUGCCCGCUGCAACACUUCCCAUCAUGGGGAGCGCAUCGAUGCUUGAGGAGACCAAAGCUCCCAUUCCCGGAGAUGCCACGCCUUCAGUCUCAAGGACAGAGAUGAGAGAAUUACACCGUUGCAAGAUCUUCGUGCACGUACUGCAGCUGCAUGCUAAUGUACUCGAACGGAGAUGGGUGAGCGUCAGAACUCGAGAACAGUAAAAGCUUCACGCCGUCCAAUGAUGGAACAGGGGAGAAGCAUCAUAGAGGGAACAUUUCGGCACCCAGAAGAGAACGUGGAAUUCCACCAGCAAAUAAUGCUCGAAUCAGCACGCCGUGAAGUAUUUGGUGCCGCUUCGAUGUGCGGCAUGUGACGUUCUCGUGCAGAUAUCAGCGGUGGAAGAGUAGAUUUCCAAUGGCGAUGCGUUCCCGCUCCCCGGCGGGCAUAAAUAGCCCGGCUCUGAUGGCCAACUCCUCAAAGCCCGGCACACGACAUGGCCUAUUGGAUCGAGUGGAGACCGGUGCUGGUGAUGCUGGCGGUGGACGUCGUGUUUGCGGUGAUGAACACGAUGAUCAAGAAGGCGAUCGACGAGGGGCUGAACAGGCUGGUGCUGAUCACGCUCCGGCAGCUGGUCGCCACUCUGUUCAUGGCUCCCAUCGCCUUCUUCCAUGAGAGGAAGACGAGGCCGAAGCUGACGAUGGAGAUCUGUGUGUAUCUAUUCUUCAGCGCCUUGCUCGGGGCGCCUCUGACGCAGUAUCUCUUCUACCUUGGAAUGCAAUACACCUCGGCGACGUUUGCAUGUGCUUUCCUCAACAUGGCUCCUGUCUUCACCUUCCUCAUAUCAUUAGCCCUGCGGAUGGAGUCUCUGAAUCUGAAGACCAAACCAGGGAUCGCAAAGACGCUCGGAACAUUGCUGUGCCUGAUAGGCGUGAUUGUGCUGACAUUGUACAAGGGUGUAGCCUUGAACAGCGACGCAUCGCCUCGAUCGACGGCACCGGAGCCGCAGCAGUCGUCGCCGGACGCCACGGACUACACCUCAAGGAAAUGGCUGAUGGGAUCCGUUGCGCUGCUUGCUGGUUCUUUCUGCUGGUCCGCUUGGUUCCCUCUCCAGUCCAAGGUCGGCAAGAAGUAUCCGGCUCUCUAUUCCUGCACUGCGCUAGUGUUCUUCCUCAGCUUCCUGCAGGCGGCUGCCAUGAGCGUGGCCGCAGAGAGGAGCCUCUCCGUGUGGCUGUUGCAGAAGAAGAUGGAGAUCGCCACCGUACUGUUUGCGGGGUCCAUGGGAUCUGGACUCGGCUUCUUGGCCAUGUCAUGGUGCGUGGAGCAGAGAGGGCCGGUGUUCACUGCGGCGUUCACGCCGCUCGUGCAGAUCAUCGUUGCGGGCAUCGACUGCGCCGUCCUCCAUGAACAGAUCUACCUCGGGAGUGUUCUGGGAUCGGGUCUGGUGAUUGCCGGCCUCUACUCAUUGCUGUGGGGUAAGAACAAGGAACCUGGUAUCCGUGAAGCCAAGCCAGCAGAUGGGAAUGGGGAGAACCAAGUGCAGCUGCAGACAGCGUGAAGAACCAACAUCUUCUUCUCUUUAGCUUUCCCAAAAGGCUGCUUUUAGCUUGCGAUGCAUACAUAGAUGCUUAGAAAAGGAGAGAGGCCAAACUCCUCGUGUUGUGCGGCAGAGGUAUUUUUUUGCUUGGAUGAUGUAAGUUUCUGGCCACGGAGAGAGAACAGUAUUAAGCUUAUGAUAAGGUCCUAAAGUUUUAUCGUG